AUGACAAGGCUGUCAGCGCUCUGAGAGACACAGACUGGCUGAUAAGGCUUUUUUCCACAUCGCUUCAGCUUACAUUUCCCCCAGUAGCAGAGAGCUGCCAAUUGUGUGUGAGGACCCAAGAACAACUUCAUCCCUCAGAAAGAUAGUUGUAUAGACUGACUUCUCCUUCUGGCCCUCACUUCAUAAGAAGCCCCAGUGCCAAGCUAUCAUCAUGGGGACGAGAGGCAUCCUCCUAGGCUGCAUAACUGUUGCCCUGUUCCUCCAGCUGUCUACUGCAGGCCUGGUGAAGAAGGUCAUCCGCCAUCGCAGAGAGACCCUGAUGCCCAAGAAAAGCCAAGAAAACCUGACCCUGCCGCAUCCAGAUCAGCCCGUUGUGUUCAACCAUAUCUAUAACAUCAAUGUACCCUCCACUUCCCUCUGCUCUGUGGACCUUGACUCCCCCGGAGGCACAGAGCUCAAACGCAAAAAUGCCCAAUCGGAUUUGCAGAACACUGAGCAGAUGGAGCAUACGGUGGACGGUGACAACCAAAUUGUUUUCACACACCGUAUCAACAUCCCUAAGCAGGCAUGUGGCUGUGACAAUCAGCUGCCAGACAUCAAGGACAUCCUAAACAGGCUGGAGAUGCUGGAAGCAGAGGUGUCUAGUUUAAGAGAGCAGUGCAGCAGUGGAGCAGGAUGCUGUGGAGCUCAAGUCACAGGUGAGGUAGCCACCAAGCCCUACUGUAAUGGGCGUGGCAACUGGAGUGCCGAGACCUGCAGCUGUUUGUGUGAUUCUGGCUGGAGGGGCCCCAACUGCACCGAACCCGAAUGCCCCAAUGACUGCCAGGACCAGGGCCGCUGUGUGGAUGGCAAGUGUGUAUGCUUUGAGGGCUUCAACGGGGAAGACUGCAGCACUGAGAUGUGUCUUUUGGACUGUGGGGAGUAUGGUCACUGCAUUGAUGGAGCCUGCCUCUGUGAUGAAGGCUUCAUCGGCGAGGACUGCUCCCAGACCAGCUGCCUGAACAACUGCCUGGGCCGUGGUCGUUGCGUGGAGGACGAGUGUAUCUGUGAUGAGCCAUGGACAGGCUUUGACUGCUCUGAACUCAUCUGUCCCAACGACUGCUAUGACCGUGGGCGCUGCAUCAAUGGCACCUGCUACUGCGAAGAGGGCUACACUGGGGAAGACUGUGGUGAGCUCACUUGUCCCAGCAACUGUAACAACCAUGGCGUGUGUGUGAAUGGUCAGUGUGUAUGCCACACCGGCUACACUGGAGAGGACUGCUCAAAGCUCACCUGUCUCAACAACUGCAAUGAAAGAGGCCACUGCUUCAAUGGCAGAUGUAUUUGUGAUCCAGGCUUUGAGGGCGAAGAUUGCUUCAUCCUCUCGUGCCCAGACAACUGCAGCAACAAAGGCCAAUGCAUUAACGGAGAAUGUGUGUGUGACAUAGGAUACCAAGGUGAAGACUGUAGCGAGCUCUCCUGUCUAAACAACUGCCUGAACUAUGGCCGCUGUGUUAAUGGACAGUGUGUAUGUGACAAAGGAUACGCUGGGGAGGACUGCAGCAUCAAGACCUGCCCGAAAGACUGCAUGGGACGUGGAGAGUGUGUGGACGGCAAAUGCAUAUGCUUUGUCGGCUUCACAGGGAAGGACUGUGGGGAGCUGACCUGUCCCAAUGAAUGUAUGAACCGCGGCAUUUGUGUGAAUGGACAGUGUGUUUGUAAUAGGGGCUUUACGGGUGAGGACUGCAGUGAGAAGACAUGUCCCAACAACUGCCUGGAAAGAGGUUACUGUGUCGAUGGCAACUGUGUGUGUUUCGAAGGUUUCACUGGACUGGACUGCUCCAUUCUGACCUGCCCAGGAGAUUGCCAGAACCAGGGAAGCUGUGAGAAUGGAAUGUGUGUUUGCAAUGAGGGCUUCAUUGGGGAAGACUGCUCUGAGGUGUCGCCGCCCAAGGACCUAACGAUAGUGGAGGUCACUCCAGAGACUGUGGACCUUUCCUGGGUGAAUGAGAUGCUGGUGAAUGAGUACCUGAUUACCUAUGUGCCCACGGCCCCUGGAGGUCUGGAGCUGGACAUGCGGGUGCCUGGGGACCAAAAAAUGGCCACCAUUCAGGAGCUGGAACCUGGCGUGGAGUAUCUGAUCAGCGUCUACGCAAUUCUCAAUAAUAAGAGGAGUGUUCCUGUUAGCGCCAGGGUGGCAACACAUCUUCCUGAGCCUGAAGGGCUCAAGUUCAAGUCGGUGAGGGAGACUUCAGUGGAGGUGCAGUGGGACCCACUGGACAUUCCUUUUGACGGCUGGAACCUUAUCUUCAGAAACACAAAAGAGGAGACUGGUGAGAUUCUCAAUUCCCUUGGCCGUCCAGAGACCACCUUUGAGCAGUCAGGCCUGGGCCCUGGCCAGGAGUAUGAGGUCAAACUGGAGGUAGUGAAGAACAAAAACCGCGGGCCACCAGCCUCCAAGAACGUUGUCACAAUGAUUGAUGCACCGAGCCAGGUGGAUGUACGCGAUGUGACUGACACCACAGCGCUGGUGACCUGGUUUCAGCCCGUGGCUGAGGUAGACGGCAUCAGUGUUUCUUUCGGACCCAGCUUGGACCCUGCUGCUCGCAGCGUGGUGGAGCUGUCCUCAACCGAUACCCAGCACCACCUGGGAGGCCUCAGCCCUGACACCGAGUACGAAGUAUCUCUAAUGGCCCGCAGAGGAGACACAACCAGUGUUCCUGUCUACGAAACCUUCCUCACAGACCUGGAUGCCCCCAGGGACUUGCACACAUUGGAGCUGACUGAUGAAAGCAUCACUCUGGAGUGGAAGAACAGCCAGGCUCAGGUGGACAACUACCGCAUCAAAUAUGGACCCCUGUCUGGAGGGGAGCAUGGAGAGCUGCUCUUCCCUCCGGGACCCCAUGACACUACUCAGGCCAAGAUCACUGGCCUGAGACCUGGCACAGAGUAUGGAAUGGGCGUGACAGCUGUUAAGGAUGAACGUGAAAGUCUUCCUACCACCACGAAUGCAGUGACUGCUCUGGAUGCUCCUAAAGACCUGACAGUGGCCGAGGUGACAGAGACCACCAUGAUGUUGGAGUGGAGGAGACCACUGGCCAAACUGGAUUCCUACAAGCUGGUAUAUGUGUCCGCUGAUGGCCACAAGGCGGAAGCUAUGCUGCCCAGCAGCUCUGAGUCGCACACGCUGAGAAACCUGACGCCUGGCAUGUUGUACACCAUCAGCAUCACUGCUGACAGAGGCCGGAGGAUGAGUGCCCCGGCCACCAUCUCAGCACCCACAGAAGAGGAGAAGCCUGUGGUGGCAAAUGUCACUGUCAGUGAUCUAUCAUGGGACAGCUUCGUCCUGUCCUGGUCUGCCAAGGAAGGGGCAUUUGAAUCCUUUCUGGUUGAGGUUUCCGACGCAGAGACAGGUGCUGAGUGGCAAAACCACACGGUGCCCACUGAUGCUCGCAGCCUUGCCAUCUCUGGCCUGUCCCCCACUACCUGGUACAGGGCUAACCUGUAUGGGGUGUACAGGGGGGCCCUCUUAGAGCCCGUCUAUGCAGACACCAUCACAGAGACCGAACCAGAAGUAGAGGCUCUCUUGGUCUCUGACGUCACCCCCGAGAGCUUUAGGUUGGCCUGGACAGCUGAAGAGGACGUCUUCGACACCUUUGUGAUCAUGACCAGCCAGACUAGUGGCCUAGGUGAGCCGCAUGAGCUGGUCCUGGGCGGCGAGGAACGGAGCGCAGUUAUCACUCAUCUGAAUGAGGACACAGAGUACAAAACUGAGAUCUUUGGACUCGUUUCGGGACAACGCUCCAAAUCUGUAAUCGAGGUGGCGAGAACAGAUCUAGGCUCACCCAAAGGUGUCCGAUUCUCCGAUGUCACCGAUACGUCUGCCACCGUUCACUGGGUGGUGCCGAGAGCCCGGGUAGACAGCUACCAGGUCACCUACGUGCCUGCUCACGGAGGAAAUGCUAAAACGGUAACAGUGGACGGCGCCGAGUCUCAGACUGUGCUGCCCAACCUGACACCGGGGGUCACUUAUCAGGUCAGUGUCAUCGCGACCAAGGGUCAGAGGGAGAGUGAGCCUGGAUCUGAUAGCGUCACCACAGCUCUGGAUAAGCCCCGUGGUCUGACUGCAGUCAACAUCACAGACACUGAAGCUCUACUGCUUUGGCAGCCUGCCAUUGCUACUGUGGAUGGCUACAUCAUCACCUACAGCGCAGACACAGUGGCACCAGUGAUGGAACGUGUGUCAGGAAACAUUGUGGAGUUUGAGAUGAGCUCUCUGACACCAGCAACGCGUUACACAGUGAAGGUGUAUGCUGUGAGAGACUCAGCCAAGAGCACAGCCACCACAGCGGAGUUUACCACCGAUGUGGAUGCUCCUCAGGACCUGGCAGCCAGUAACAUCCAGACAGAGAGCGCCCAGCUGACCUGGAAGCCGCCUCGUGCCGACAUCACCGGUUACAUUCUGAGCUUCGAGUCCGCCGAUGGCACUGUGCGGGAGGUGGUACUAAGUCCCACUGCUGUCUCUUACAACAUGGCCCAGCUCAGCGCCUCCACAGAGUAUUCAGUCAAGCUGCAGGCCAUCGCAGGACCAAAGAGGAGCAGAGUCAUCACUACCAUCUUCACCACCACGGGUGUGCUGUACAGGCACCCAAGGGACUGCUCACAGGCCCUGCUGAACGGCGACACCAGCUCAGGCCUGUACACCGUCUAUCUGGGCGGAGAUGAGAGCCAGCCUGUCCAGGUCUACUGUGACAUGACCACUGAUGGAGGUGGAUGGAUUGUUUUCCUCAGACGACAGAGUGGUAAACUGGAGUUUUUCCGCAACUGGAAGAACUACACAGCUGGCUUUGGUGACAUGAAUGAUGAAUUCUGGCUGGGUCUGUCCAACCUGCAUAAGAUCACAGCUGGAGGUCAGUAUGAGCUGCGAGUCGACCUCAGGGAUAAAGGAGAGACAGCCUACGCUCAGUAUGACAAGUUCUCUGUUUCGGAGCCUCGCACCCGCUACAAGGUCCAUGUGGGAGGAUACAGUGGAACUGCAGGAGACUCUAUGACUUACCACCAUGGGCGUCCAUUCUCCACCUAUGACCAUGACAAUGACAUUGCCGUUACCAACUGUGCCCUGUCCUAUAAGGGAGCCUUCUGGUAUAAAAACUGCCACCGUGUCAACCUCAUGGGCCGAUAUGGAGACAACAGUCAUAGCAAGGGCGUUAACUGGUUCCACUGGAAGGGUCAUGAGCACUCGAUUGAAUUUGCCGAGAUGAAGAUCAGGCCAUCCAACUUCAGAAACCUGGAGGGAAGGAGGAAACGAUCAUAAAUUAUCCGAAAUUAGCAUCACCACUACCACUAGUACUCUGUCUGGACCCCCCAUAAACCACCUCACCGCCCCACCCUUCCCCACCCUGCAGCUACCAAAGCCACUGCCAAGAGCCCUGCUGCAUCCACUUGAACAAACAUAUCUUCCUCCCAUUUGCUCCCAGAUCAGCCUUGACACCUGAUCCCCACAACAAGCCCCUUCCCCUACUCUGAUAUGGUUGAUGUGGAUAUUACAAAAUGGACUUCGGUCAAGCCCGCACUGAUUCUGUUCAUGCACCAAAGAGGGCAAACAACUCCAUCGCACCCACCUGUUCAUCUUUGUCUUACAUUGCAGCAUUUGUGGAUAUUUGCGUGCAGCUCGGGCAUUAUGUUGAGUACAGUAAUAGGUACCCUGUGUUAUAGAUCCCCUGUAACACAUCUAAGCCUCAUUACUCUCACAUCUGGGGGGAGGGGGGAGGGGGUGUUGCAGAGAGGACAGGCUGUUUACAGUGCAUGUAGUCUUGUUUAGGUUCAGGAUGUGUUUGCUGAAAGCAGUUUAAACUGGAUUACCACAGAAAUUCUAUUCCUUGUACAGUAUCACACAGGCAUUGAUCUCAAUUCAAACAUUUUCUAGCUCAAAAAGGGAUUUCAUUCAGAAGACCCUGCUCAGAUAUCAAAUACCUUCCAUCUAAAUUGCCAUUCAUCUGUCUUUGUACAAUUUACUAGUCUCAGUGUUACUUAAUCAUUCCCAGAUUCCCAGCUCCCUCUAUCCUUUUUUUUCCAGUGUAAGCAGACAUCUGAGGUGACAAAUGGGAAUGAAAAGAUUUAAAAAAAAAAAAAAAAAACUGGAUAAAAGUAUUUAACCCCCACAUCCCAUGUCCACAUGGACAGCGUUGUUUCCACUGACUGUGUGAGCCCUGAAGGUGAAGCUACAGUAUCAUGUGUUUUAAAACAGCUAAAGAGCAGAGAAAAAGUAAAAAAAAGUAAAAAGUGGCGUGUUUUGAUUUUUUUGUUUCUUCUAUGAAUCUGAGGCAGGACCUGUUCAGUAUAAUGAAAUGGGAUGAUGACUUUUUUUCUUUUCAAAAUGUGAAUACAGUACAUAUAUGUGGAACAAGAGAAUGUUAUGUGUUGUUGAUACAAAAGAUAUGGAUGGUCAAAUAAAAAAAGGCCAAUUUCAAAAGUAUGAUCGCUAUGGUGUGAGGAAAAUAUAUGGUGUUUGGGCAGGCCAAAACUAGAGAACUAGUUCCCCUUUCCACUCCCCUUGUCCCCUGCUAGGGCAGGAUACUAAACCACUGACCCUCUAAAGAAUGCCUGUGUAAAUUAAGUUUCUUUUUGUUCUUUUGUUUGUUUAUAACUGGGUGAACAACAGGUGUUUCUCU